UGCUGCGCCACUGGUUCGCAUACACUAUUCUAUUCCACUGGCCACCUAUAAACAUAUGCAUGACAAUUGACAAACAAGCUAGCGUCUCUAGAAAGUUGGUGCCGGCCAUAGCAAUUAUUCCCGACUGGAGUGAAGAAAAGAAACUACCAUUUCCAUUGUUGCGGACAGCCUCAGCAGCCAGCUGGAGCUGACAGGGGAGUUCAAAAGAAACACACGUACACCAACCAGCUAGUAUCUCCUCAACGACAUCGGCUAAAUUAUCUUGUCGAUGUGCUGGCUGGUCAACACACUGUGUGCAUAUGCUGGCUUUCGGAGACUAAACCUGGACCAAGUUUGGCGCCCGAUUUGGAUGGUUUCUGGUCCCCUAGCGGCAUGCAGGCAUCAGUGGGCCCUAUAAAUAUGCAUGGAGUAGAGCAACCUCUAUGCACACCACACAACACAACACAAUAAUACAGCAAAGGAGGCUAGCAGAAGUGCAGGAUUAAUAAGCUAAGCUAGUAGAAAUUAAGCAAAGCAUAGGCACAGCCAUGGCUACCUCCUCUGGUUCUUGCCUUAUUAUUAGCCUGUUGGUGGUGGUGGUGGCGGCGGCGCUGUCGGCCUCAACGGCGUCGGCACAGCUGUCGUCGACGUUCUACGACACGUCGUGCCCCAGCGCGAUGUCCACCAUCAGCAGCGGCGUGAACUCCGCCGUGGCGCAGCAGGCUCGUGUGGGGGCGUCGCUGCUCCGGCUCCACUUCCACGACUGCUUCGUCCAAGGCUGCGACGCGUCCAUUCUGCUGAACGACACGUCCGGGGAGCAGACCCAGCCGCCGAACCUAACUCUGAACCCGAGGGCCUUCGACGUCGUCAACAGCAUCAAGGCGCAGGUGGAGGCGGCGUGCCCGGGCGUCGUCUCCUGCGCCGACAUCCUCGCCGUCGCCGCCCGCGACGGAGUUGUCGCGCUCGGCGGGCCUUCGUGGACCGUGCUUCUGGGCAGAAGGGACUCGACCGGUUCGUUCCCUAGCCAGACAAGCGACCUCCCACCUCCGACGUCGAGCCUCCAAGCACUGUUAGCCGCGUACAGCAAGAAGAACCUCGACGCGACCGACAUGGUCGCUCUCUCAGGCGCUCACACAAUCGGGCAGGCCCAGUGCUCGAGCUUCAACGGCCACAUCUACAACGACACGAACAUCAACGCGGCCUUCGCGACGUCGCUCAAGGCCAACUGCCCCAUGUCCGGCGGCAGCAGCCUGGCGCCGCUGGACACCAUGACCCCGACCGUGUUCGACAACGACUACUACAAGAACCUGCUGUCGCAGAAGGGGCUGCUGCACUCGGACCAGGAGCUGUUCAACAACGGCAGCACCGACAGCACGGUCAGCAACUUUGCGUCCAGCUCGGCCGCCUUCACCAGCGCCUUCACGGCGGCCAUGGUGAAGAUGGGGAACCUCGGCCCGCUCACCGGGACCAGUGGGCAGAUCAGGCUCACCUGCUGGAAGCUCAACUCGUCCUAAUAAUUAAGGACGGACGUCCGAUAGACGAUCCUGCGCAAUCGUAUCGUACGUGCAUGAUACGCAUACAUCUGGAAACUACUAUACCAAUGCAAACAGAGAUCUAUACGUACGAGUAUGUAUAACGACGAGUGAUGUUUGUAUGGAUCUACGUAUGUAACAAGGACCUCUCGUAGCGCAAAGGCGCGCGUUGGGAGAUUAAUUAGGUACACAAGCUAUUACCACAUUAUAUAUCACUCUCAUUGUGGCUACAUAUCUAUAUCUCUGAGGCCAAAUGCUUGGGUGUCCAGUACUAAUUAAUAAUAAUUCAGUGCGUAUGCAA